AUGUACGACCUCGACAAAGUGCUCAACUUGGCCAGGUACGGAGUUAUGGCCGAGCAUGCCGACUACUUGACUGACUUAUCCAAGGGCGCCUGCCAAGUCAUCGUGAGGAAUCCUUACAUCGACGCUGCAACGGAUGCCAUCCGCGACGAGCGCGUGCCAGAAGAUUCCAUUCCACCUGUAACGCACCAACCACUAACCACCACAACGUCGAGAUCACCCCAGCAACAAGUCCCCAUCAGCGAAGCAGCAACGUUAAGCUCGCAACAAAGCGCGCCAGCAGCAGUUCCGCGUCAUCUACGCGCCAUAUGCACAUUCUGCGGGAAAACGUUCGGCCACCUCGGCGACUACAACAAACAUCGCAGGCGACAUACCGGCGAGCGACCAUAUGCUUGUGACGUGUGUCAACGUCGAUUUGCACAUGCGUCCAAUCUGCAGCGACACCGACGAUUGCACUCUGGCGAAAAACCCUUCGAGUGCCCGACCUGUGCCAAAAGGUUCAGUCGCAAGGAUAAAUUGGCCGCUCACGAGACGAGGCAAUGCUGCAAACCGAGUGCAACCACGAAAUCAAAGGAAUAA